AUGAAAAACCUAAAUCUACCCUCCACUACCAUGCUAAAAUUUGAAGAAGAAGCUCGCAGAUGCUAUUCAGAAAAAAUAAACUUUGAUGAGUACAAGUUAGCUGAAAUAUUGCUAGUUGAUGGUUGUUUCUUACUCGAACUGCUUUUGAGAUAUUCAGAUAUUGAGAACCAUGAGGAGGACAACGUUGAGGACCCCCUUAUCAAUAAUGCUCGGACUAUUGCAACUCUUCAACAUGAUUUGGCAUUACUUGAGAACCAGAUUCCAUUUUCUAUUCUGGGGACUUUGUUCGGCAUUAGAAGAGACAACGUGCCACAACCACUACGAUCCUCAUUUAUUGAGCAUAAUGUGGCCACUUUAGCACUACUCUUUUUCAAAUCGGCUUUGGGUUUGAGCAACAAAGCAAUUCAAAGUAAAUCCUCGAAACUCUCUGGCAAAACUGACACUGCCCCAGAAGAAAAUUUCCUAGACAUAGAGUUCACAACUGAAGUUGUUAAAAUGCCACUAUUAGAGAUACGCGAAGCUACAGAAUCAAUCUUCCGAAAUCGGAUUGCUUUUGAGCAAUACAGCAUUGACACCUCACAUUGCAUUGCAUCCUAUAUCUUCCUUAUGAGGAGUCUCCUUCAUUCCUCACACGAUGCUGAAAUUCUUCAUCACAGAAAGAUCAUGGGAUAUGAUUUGAGUGGGGGUGGGAGUCGCAGUCAUGAAGAUGUUUCGAUUCUCUUCAAAUCUAUGUGCGGCAGAGUUGUUUUGAAGGACUUUUGUUUUUCUGAUUUGUGUACCGAUGUUAACAAGUACUCUAGGUCUUGGUUGGACUGGCACAGACUUAGAGCCAUAAUGAAGGUGAAGUGGUGUGAAUAUAUGAUAGCAUUGCCGUGUGAUUAUUUCACCAAUCCAUGGACUACCAUAUCUGUCAUUGUUGCAAUUGUGCUUCUCAGCUUCACUGCCCUGCAAACAUAUUACACUAUCCGAUCUUAUUAUCCUCACUAA